AUGGCAUUGGAAGAUUUUGAGCGAGAAUUGGCAGAGAGUCAACGAGAAAGGGAAAAGGAGGAGCGUGAGAGACACAAAGAACGCCGACAUCGAGAUCGCGAUCGCGAGCGACAUCGAGACAGACACAGUGAAAAGCACAGAGAAGGGGAUAGGGAUAAAGACCGAGACCGAGAUAGAGAUAGAGAACAUUCUAAACACCAUCGCGAUAACCCUCGUCAUCAUCACGCCUCAAAGCACGAUAUCCACUCUGACGAUGAACGCGCGCAUCGACAUAAACGGUCGCGACACCAUUCUUCUAGUAAUGGAGACGGGCGAAGCCACAAACGAAGACAUAGGCAUGAGUCUCAGGUUAAAGAAGACAACAUUACAGCUCCAGUAGCCCAGGAAGAGCCCUCCAAAGUGCAACGCGAUGCUUGGAUGGAGGCGCCCUCUGCGCUUGAAGUGGACUACAUUCACCGAAGGGCUCAGAAACCGCCAUCUCCAAAACCAAAGAUGUUACAGGCCGAUUUUGAGCACAAGCUGCACGAGAAGGAGGUGAAUAGGCAUUUACACGAUAUCAGAGACCAUGACGUUGAGCCUGCUGUUCUUGAGAAACCAGCAGAGCAUGAGGUUGACUACACAUUUGGGGACUUGGGUUCACAAUGGCGAAUGACAAAGUUGAAAGCAGUGUAUAGACAAGCGAGGGAAAGUGGACGGACGGUUGAGGAUGUUGCCAUUGAAAGGUUUGGUGACUUGCGCUCAUUCGAUGAUGCUCGAGAGGAAGAGGUUGAACUUGACCGGAGAGGACGGUAUGGGCAAGACUAUGUCGGAAAGAUCAAACCGUCAGGAGAGUUGUAUGAAGAACGGAAAUUGAAAGUGGGCAUAAGGCGAGAAGGAGAUGCGGCUUCGCACGCCGAAGAUAUCGAGAGCUCUACCCUUGCUGACCCCACCGACGUCAAUCCUCCCUCUCAGCAACAGAAACCUCUAGAUUCUACGGCGUUAAAUCGACUUAAAGCUCAGAUGAUGAAGGCUAAGCUACGAGGAGCUUCUAAUGCCAAUGAAUUAGAGCAACAGUACAGUGCUGCGGUUGCCUUGGCUGCGAAUACAAAAGAAUCCGACGUUGUCGUUCUUGGGGUGAUGGAUAAUCGGAUGCUUGCUGGUGGCCAGAGGCCUGAGGUGAAGCCCGUGGAAAAUAAACGAGGAAGAGAGAGGGGUCUCGUGGAAGCAAAUGAGGAUAUGAGUAUUGAAGAUAUGGUUCGGGAGGAACGUAGGACCAGGGGUCAAGCCGGAGGCGAAGGCAUGCGAUUUGCUGAAAGAAUUGCGAAGGAUGCUAAGUUUGAUAAUGACCUUGAAUACAUGGAUGAGAACGCGGCGAAACUCGCGAAGCGUGUCCAACAAUCCGAGUUGAACCUUCGAAAUACGGCGAUCAAUGACUUUCAGAAAAUGAAUCGCAUCCUGGACAAUUGCCCCCUUUGCUAUCGCGAAGACACAGAGACACCACCGAUCGCACCUGUGGUGUCAUUGGGUACUAGAACAUAUCUCACACUCCCUACCGAGCCGGAGCUGAGCGAAGGAGCGACAUGCAUCGUUCCGAUCCAACAUCGAACCAAUCUCUUGGAAUGCGACGAUGACGAAUGGGAAGAAAUCCGAAAUUUUAUGAAGGCUCUGACCAGAAUGUACCACGACCAAGGGCGAGACGUCAUUUUCUAUGAGAACGCUGCCCGACCGCACCAGAAGCGUCACGCUGCCAUGGAGGUAGUGCCGCUACCAUACAGCCUAGGGGAAACAGCCCCUGCAUUUUUCAAAGAGGCGAUUCUUUCGUCAGACGAGGAGUGGACCCAGCACAAAAAAGUGAUCGAUACUCUGGCUAAGUCUCGGCAGGGCCUUGGGAAAAUGGCUUUCCGGCGGACUUUAGCGAAGGAAAUGCCUUAUUUCCAUGUCUGGUUCGGGCUUGACGGCGGAUUGGGCCACAUUGUCGAGGACAGCAAUCGCUGGCCACGUGGAGAUUUGUUCGCGCGCGAAAUCAUUGGCGGGAUGCUUGAUUUAGAACCAGAUGUCAUCAAACGGCAGGGUAAAUGGCAGAAAGGUGGAGAUCGCAGAGUGGAGGGCUUCAAAAAACGCUGGCGCAAAUUCGACUGGACAAGAAUUUUAGCCGAAGGAUGA